AAAGUUUAUCGUGGUCAAGGUUUAGCAUUAGAAGAUUUUGAAAAAACGAAAAAAAGCAUAAAUCAAUUAAUGUCUUUCAAUAAUUUUCUAUCAACAAGUCUCAAUCAAAAUAUUUCCUUUAAAAAGUUUGCACGACCAGCAGCAUUUAAUGAUCCCAAUAAAGUUGGCAUACUCUUCAUAAUGACUAUUGAUCCCGAUGUAUGUACAAAAUCAAAAAUUCCAUUUGCUGAUGUUAGUCAAGUUAGCUUUUUCGAAGACCAAGAAGCCGAAAUUCUUUUUACAACACAUACAAUAUUUCGAAUCGAUAAAAUUCAACGAAUUCAUGACGAUCAUACUGAUCGUCUAUGGGAAGUUCAUCUUACUCUUGUGGGUAAUGACAACCACGAGCUAAAUACACUUACAGCACACGCAUCUUCUGAUAAAGAGAGAUCAGAUUACAAUCAUAAACUUGGUUGGGCAUAUGAUGACAUGGGCGAGUACUCGAAAGCACUUUCAUCGUACAAACAAUCACUUGAAAUCCGAAAAAUAGCUCUCCCUCCCAAUCAUCCCGACAUCGCUCAAUCCUACAACAACAUCGGUAAUGUGUAUUAUAACAUUGGGGAGUACUCGAAAGCACUUUCAUCGUACGAACGAUCACUUGAAAUCAAAAAAAUAGCUCUCCCUCCGAAUCAUCCCUCCUUGGCUACUUCCUACAACAACAUCGCUUCAGUGUACAAUAAUAUGGGCGAGUACCUGAAAGCACUUUCAUCAGAUAAAGGUGGAAAUAAUUUUAAAUCAGUUACGACUAUUGUAAAAGAUUUAAAAGAAGCAAAUUUAAGAAGAAUUCAAGUUGAAUCACAUCGAAUUAUAAAAGAUAAUCCUAAUGUUGAAUAA